UCGCUCACGCGUCCCGGAAGUGGAGGUUCACCUGGAAGAGUUUGGAAACAAACUGGCGAUCCAAUGAGUGAGUGUCGACCCUCUGGCAGACAGAUUGAUUGUUGACGGCUCAGUGAUCGGCACACAGCGUGUGAGGAGGAGGAGGAUGAUGAUGAUGAAGUCUCUGGUGAGUGUGGUGAUCUUCAUCCUGAUGGCGUCAGAGAUCAGCGCGAGGAUCCACCAGCUCACACUCAAGAAUGAGACGCGGUCUGUGGUCCACUUGAACUCAUUCGGUUAUUUUCCGGAUGGCUAUCUGGACGUCCACCUGCUGUCUCUGAGACUGCCCCAGGAGAAGAGUGACCCCGGGACGGUGGGCUUCAGUCUGUCCUGGUCUCGAGUGAGUGGUAUCCUGUCCAACACCGAGGAUGGACAGGAGUGUAAGCUGAAGAACAGUAAGAAUGACACUGAGCUCAUCCUCUUCAUCAUGGACACCAAGCGUCUCGGAGUCCAAGUGAGGCACUUUGGUCAUUAUAACUUCACGCUGGAGUCCAGACUCGAUGGAGAGAAAGAGAGGACCAAAAGAGAAAAUAACGAGGCUGAGAAGCCAGAAGAGCCGAGUGUUGAUCAGACAACGAAACAGAAAGAGAAUUCAGAAUAUAAGGCCAAAGAGACGCCGGCUGUCAGCAGCACCGUUAGCCAGAAGGUGGAGAGAUUUGACGGGAAGUGGCUGGAGCUGCAGCAAGAAGGUGAUUCCUACAACUUCAGGUUCCGUCUCACGAUGAGUGCGAGCUCGCAGGGCCUCUACAACCUGGACUUCCACAACUGCCACAACGGCAAGACGCUGAGUCCAUACGCUCUCCACGUGGAGAUCAUAGAGAAGAAUCCCAGUGGUUAUCUGUCAGCGGCUGAGAUUCCCCUUCCGCGCCUCUACAUCUCAAUGGCUGCCAUCUUCUUCAUUGCUGCCGGGGUGUGGACGUACACACUGCUCAAGUACAGGUACAGUGUGUUUAAGAUCCACUGGCUGAUGGCGGCGCUGGCGUACACUAAAGCUGUGUCUCUGCUGUUUCACAGUACCAACUAUCACUUCAUCAACUCUAAGGGGAAUCCUAUUGAAGGUUGGGCCGUCCUGUACUACAUCACACACCUGCUGAAGGGGGCUCUUCUGUUCAUCACGCUGGCUCUCAUCGGCACCGGCUUUGCUUUCGUCAAAUACAUCCUGUCAGACAAAGAGAAGAAGAUCUUCAUGAUCAUCAUUCCUCUGCAGGUUCUGGCUAACGUGUCCUAUAUCAUCAUCGAGGAGACGGAGGAGGGCAUGAGUGAAUACACUUUCUGGAGGGAGAUCCUGUUCCUGGUGGAUCUCAUCUGCUGUGGAGCCAUCCUGUUCCCUGUCAUCUGGUCCAUCCGACACCUGCAGGAGGAUUCGAACACGGACGGCAAAGUUAUCGGUUAUUGCUAUGGUUAUAGAAGUCAUUCAGGGUUCCCACGCGUCCUGGAAAACCUGGAAAUCCUGGAAUGUUAAUGACAGAUCUUCCAGUCCUGGAAAAACACAUGGAAAAUGAGAGAAAACAUAGAUUGUCCUGGAAAAAAUUUUGUUGUCUUUGAAAAUUAUUAUUUUUAAAUUUUCUUGAUCAUUAAAGAAUUGUCCGACAACUGGUUGAAAAAAUUUACGUAACAGAAAGCGCUGCGUUCAGGGAUGCUGAGUUUUGAAACGUGAGCUCACGCUGUUUAAGCUCCCUGUAACGUAUGACGCAGUCUCGUGUUGGCGGUUUGCAGGUGCUAGAAAUUAAGUACACGAAUGUUUGCAGCAAAUGUUCACUGGUAUGCAGGUAAUAUUUAAUUGCAUGUUAAUAUUAUUGUAAAGUAAUUAUUUUGAUACGCAUGUUUUGAAUUACAGCAUGCGUGACGGCAUUUGCCUGAGAAAAGGUUAUCGAUUUGUUAAGUCUAUUUUAUUUAGAAUCGUUGGAACGUCUUGCAUCCCAAUGACAAAUCAGACCCAAACUUCCCAAACCUGUUUUAUGAACGAUAUAGGAAGUGAAAAUGAAAUGCUGACGCGAUGCACAGCAAUAAUUGCAUGUUCAUAGUGCAGCACAGACUUGUGAACAUGAGGCGGAGGCCGGUAGUAUAUAAUAUAUAUACGUAAUAAAGGCACGUUUGCUAUUGUACUGUUGUCUGUUUGCUCUGUUUCACCAACCCAGUAGUUCCAAACAGACGUUUCUCUUAGCAACAUACAGUACAGUGACGUUUCUUUGCCAACUGAAUCUGUGUUUUUGAUUCAUAUCUUCGUUUUUGAAUGAAUUUGAGAAACGAUUCAUGACCCAUUCAUGAAGACCGUCAUUUUCUUCAUUCCUAAAUAAGCGUUUUGAAUGAAUCAUUUGAUAGAGUGACUCCAAUGAUUCACUCAUAAAGACUGUUA